AUGUCCCUUCUACCACACCUCCAUGGGGCCCUGUUCGACGGCGCGGCUGAGGAAGGGAUCUCAUGGACCCUGAUCGGGGGCCUGCCUGUCGUCUACCUUCGUGACCCGGUCCUGAUCCGGCAGCUGUUCGUCCAGAACGCCGACUCCAUCAGCCAGUGUGGAAGCCAGACCAAAGGCCCCUUUGGCACCGGCAAGCGCAUCGUGCGCAAUGCCCUGAUCACCGCCGACGGGGAGGUCGCCCGGCAGUGGCAUGCGGAUAUGCUUCGGGGGUUUCACCACCGCCUGCCCCUUUAA